AUGCAUAAUGUGUAUCAACACGGUCUCUGCAAUAUCAUGGCGGCUUCGGCUGGGCACAGCGGCGAGCCUCUCUUUAGCAGGCGGGACGUGCGACUCAUCACGCCUUGUAUUAUCCCUGGCGCAGAGUCUGACAACAUGUCAACAUAUGUCCAAGGCCUAGAGGAGAUCAAUGAAGAAGGUCAAUGGUUUGAACAGCUCAGCGCCGAACCCUUGUACAGACGUGGAUGGGUACUGCAGGAACGACUGCUGUCAACGCGUAGCGCCAUAUUCACACGGCAAAACGUGUAUUUACAGUGUCCCUACGGCAUCACCCGGGAAGUACACCCCGACAACAAUAGCGUGGAUCUGUCCUUUGGGUUCUCCGACCCGCGCAUGAUCCCGAGCAAGUUCACUCCGGAGACAUGUUUCGAGACAUGGCGGUUGAUCAUAAACGCAUACGCGAAGACCAACCUUUCGUUCGCGACCGAUACCUUCUACGCGCUAGCUGGUCUCGCCGAGAGGGUCGAUCUGGCCAAGUGUCUCGCCUGGUGGGACGAGACGCAUGAGCGAAGACCUGGGCUUGAGGCACCCAGUUGGUCGUGGGCGUGUGUGCGAAAACCGCAGUACUUUGACUUUACCCAAAGUGAGGCGAUCCCUCGAACGUGGGGUACGAUGACAGAUGGCAUUUUGGGACUGCAGGGCCCCAUGUUUUCCAUCAGCACCGGGUCACCUGCCUCCCACUUGGACACCGAUAUGGAGAUCAUGCGAAGGGUGGAGGGUGUUGCAGACCGAUGCGAUACCGUAGCGCAGUUCGAUGGGCCAGAGAUCGAAAGAGAAGAGAAGCCAGUGACAGGAGACUUGCUGUGCGUCCUUCUGACGAGGUCACACUGCCGGCCUGAAUACAUGGGUAUCCUUCUUGCGCCAGUUUCCGUAUCCGACAUCACUGCACCAUAUCGGCGGGUGGGCUUCUUCCGACUUGAUUUAUCAUAUAACGGAACGCCAAGCCACGUAGAGACGAAUGUUGGCUGGGCGCCUGAAAUAACGAAACGAGGGCGUGAGUUUUUGGACGAGUGUUACCAGCGCUUGUUGGAGACCUUAAAGGCUCAACCGAAGGGUGCCCGUGGCCUCGCGUGCGAUGGGGCAACUGACGAACAAACAAUAUUUCUUGUGUAA